UGUUCCUAACAGAGACCCAUAGAACACGUGACGAUCAGCUGACUCCACCCGGAAGCUCUGAGAACGCAGACAACCAUAACAAAUACAUUAAAGUUGAAUUUCUCACUGACCUACUGCUAUUAAUCAUGGAGUCGACACUCGAACAGCAUCUCGAUGAUACCAUGAAGAAUCCAGCAGUUGUCGGUGUGCUCUGCACGGAUCAACAAGGACACAACCUGGGCUGCCGUGGCUCCCUGUCCGAUGAACAUGGUGGUGUUGUGUCAGUUCUGGCCAAACAAGCUGUAGCUCUCACCAGAGACCCAACAGACAUUCCCACUGUGUGUCUGGAGUCUGAGUCAGGAAAUAUUCUGGUGAGGAGUCACGGGACCAUCACAGUAGCAGUUCACAAGAUAGCAUCUUGAAGACAACAUGUAAAAACAGUUAUAAUCACCAUCUGAAUGAUUUUUGAUAAAGAAAAAUUCACAGUUUCUAUGUUGGUUUACUGUUUUCUGUAUGUUUAGAUCCCAUAUGAUAGCCAUACAUUAUACUGGAGAGUGAGUCACUUCUUAAACAAAACAAACAUAAUAUAUAGCUAUCUGUCAGGAAUAGUAUUUUAUUGAUAUCAUUUACAGAACAGGUUAAUUAUCAUGUAUUCAGCCAUGGUAAUGGUGUGUGAGCGUGUUUGUCUUCUUGUUUACAUGGUUAUCCUUCAAACCAAGGUACUCGUGAAUAGAACAACCUUAAAAUAAACUUUAACUUGUCUUGUUCUG